CUCCUGAAAGUGCUCCCACAUACUUCCACGCUUCAUUUUAGUACACGCCUAAGAACCUGCACGCCUAAGAACCUGUCUGUUCCACGCUCGGUCGUGCGAAGUUCAAGAUUCAGAUGCAGUCUCAAAACAACAUUUAGGUCGCAUCGCACGGUCAAUCGCCUGGACUCGCAUUGCUCGCUUUCCGAACUUUUUUUAGAAUUCUAAAAAAAACUGCCGACAUGGAGAUGGCCAGCCAUUGCCGAAGAAGCCGCGGGCUCGUGCAGCAACGAGCCCUUCCCUUGGCCGCGGAUCUCGGCGCGCUGGGCCCGCUGGUUUCGCUGUGCGUGUGGGUGAGCGUGUGCGUGUGCGCGCUGGUUUCCUCUGCUCGGCGCGCGGCGGCGUGGGAAUGCACCAACAUCCCGUCACAACCCCGCGAUUUUUUCGACAGUCCCUCCGUGCGCGCGCACCUCCGCGUGCUCCGCCACCCCGCGGACAGCCGCGCUGCCGCUGACGCGCUGGCGGGGAGAGAGUCUCCCCCCGCUGCGGAUGGGGGCGGCGACGGGAGCGGAAGGCGGCGAGGGAUGCGGGAGAGGGUGCAGCGCUCACGCUUCCUCUCGCCCCUGCCACUCCACGCUGUGCGCCUCGCGCCGUCCUCGCCUCAGUUCGCCGCCCAGAGCACCAACCUGCAGUACCUGCUGGCGCUAGACGCCGACCGCCUGCUCUGGUCGUUCCGACGGAUGGCGGGGGAGGAGGAGCCGCAGGGGAAGCCGUACGGGGGGUGGGAGAACCCUGCCAGCGAGCUGAGGGGUCACUUUGUGGGGCACUACCUGAGCGCAUCGGCCCUAGCGUGGGCAUCAACGGGGAACGCGUCCCUGAAAGCCAAGAUGGACUAUCUGGUUGGGGAGCUGGACACGUGUCAGCAGCGGAUUGGCUCGGGGUACCUGUCAGCGUUUCCAGAGGAGUUCUUUGACCGCGUGGAGGCCAUCAAGCCCGUGUGGGCGCCGUACUACACCGUGCACAAGAUCAUGGCAGGUCUGUUGGACCAGUACGACCUGGCAGGCAACAAAGCAGCACUGCGCAUGCUGACAUGGAUGGCUGAAUACUUCCGCGGCCGCGUGCAGCGAGUGAUAGAGCGCCACACGGUGGCGCGCCAUUGGCUGUCGCUCAACGAGGAGUUUGGCGGCAUGAACGACAUUCUUUAUAGGCUGUACUCCGUUACUCGCAACCCCCAUCACCUGCACCUGGCGCAUCUCUUUGACAAGCCGUGCUUCCUCGGCCCCUUGGCGCUGGGAGCGGACGACCUGGCUGGGCUGCACUCCAACACGCACAUCCCUGUCGUCAUAGGGGCUCAGAUGCGAUAUGAGGCCACUGGAGACAGCUUAUACCGGCAUCUCUCCCACCGCUUCCUCACUCUCGUCAACGCCUCUCACUCCUUCACCUCUGGAGGCACCUCUGCCUUUGAGUUCUGGCAAGAGCCGCGCCGGUGUGGGCACAUACUGGCACAGGAGGACCAGGAGUCAUGCACCACGUACAACAUGCUUAAGGUCGCCCGCAACAACUUCCGGUGGACGCGCUCUGUUCGAUUCAUGGACUGGUACGAGAGGGCGAUAACGAAUGGCAUCAUGGGCAUUCAGCGAGGCACACUGCCAGGUGUCAUGAUCUACAUGUUACCACAUGGGGCGGGUAACAGCAAGGCGCGCGGUUACCACGGGUGGGGCACCCCCUUCGCAUCCUUCUGGUGCUGCUAUGGCACGGGCAUCGAGUCCUUUGCCAAGCUCGGGGAUUCGAUCUACUUCGAGUCGCCAGUCAAAGACGGCACGCAGAAGACCACCGAUGGGCGGCGCUCCUUGUCUGCUUCUGCCACGUCAGAUUCCUCCUCCAUUCCCCGCCUGUACGUGGUCCAGUUCGUCUCCAGCGUACUGACAUGGCACACCGCACAGCUGGCACUCCAGAUGACUGCCACGUGGCCCUCCUCCAUCCGGCCAAUCCUGGAGGUCCAGCUGGCGGUGGUUCCAUGGGAGGGCGAUGAGGAGGCAGGCGGAAGGACAACAGCAGGACGAUUGGAGAGUGAUGGGGGAGUAGACACAGCAGCAGACGCAGCAGAGGCGGCAGCAGCAGCAGCAGCAGCAGAAGAGGCAGCAGCAGAGGCAGCAGAGGCAGCAGAGGCGGCAGGCAGAGGGAAUGGAGUGAGAGGGAGAGCAGCAGCUGGUAGCGUGGCAGCAGACGGUGCAGCAGCAGAGGUGCUCCUCCGCAUUCCCUCUUGGGCUGCUGCCACUGCUGCUGCCCCCCACUGUGCUGCCAGCCUCAAUGGCAACGCUCUGCCAUGCCCCAAACCAGGAAAGUUCCUCUGGGUGCAGCAUGAGUGGAGGGUGGGUGACGUCAUCUCCCUCAACAUCUCCUUCACCCUCAGGGCGGAACGCAUUCAAGACGACCGCCCCCAGUACGCCUCGCUCCACUCCAUCCUCUUCGGUCCUCACCUGCUGGUCGGCCUCACGGACGGCAAUCGCCAGCUCAUCCCAGGCUUCGACCCGUCACACCCUGCCACGUGGAUCCGCCCGGUCGACCCCGAAUCACUCAAUCAGCAGCUGAUCUCGCUGUUACUGUUCACCAAGCCACGUCAUCAGGGAUGUGAUCAUAAGGACAGUGACAAUAGCAGCAAUGAGAGCAAUUCACAGUAUGUAGUCUGGCGCCGCAGUGACGAAAAGCAACCAAUUGCAGGGCUGACACGUGGCACACCAGGAGAGGGCACAGAGGAGGCCAUGGCAGCAACUUUCAGAGUGAGAAGGGCCGUGGAAAGGAGGGGGGGAGGCAUUAAUGGAGAGGAGGGAGGGCGCACUCAUGUGGAGAGGAGGGAGGGAGGUGGAAUCCGAAUGGAGAGGAGGGAGGGAGGCAGUAGUGGAGGGGAAGGGCGCUCACUUGUGGAGAGGACGGAGGGAGGGAUUAAUGGAGAGGAGGGAGGGCGCACUCAUGUGGAGAGGAGGGUGGGGGUAGACGUCGAACAGGUGGGGAUAGGAGAGCAGGAGGAGGUGGAGGAGUGGCGGUGGGACCAGGGCGGUUUGGAUGCUCUGAUUGGCCAAGAGAUCUCCCUCGAGCUGCUGGAGAUUCCUGGAAGCUUCCUGGCCGUGGACUGGUGCGGGGCUGGUGGGAGUGAGGGCGAAGGAGCGACGGGAGAGAGGGAGAGGAACAAGGGGGAUGUGGGGGUGGAGAAACGGAGAGGGGAUGUGGAGGAGGUAGCGGCAGGGUCAGCAGGGUCAGCAAGGUUGACACGGCGGUUGGUGUGGAUGACGAGGCGGGAGAUAGAGGCGUGCGAGGGAGAGAUGGAGGAGAGGGUUACCCACAGAGAGCAGCAGCAGCUGGAGCAGAAGGUGGAGCAGCAACUGGAGCAGCAAGUGGAGCAGCAGGUGGAGCAGCAGGUGGAGCAGCAGGUGGAGCAGCAGGUGGAGCAGCAGGUGGAGCCGCAGGUGGAGCCACAGUUGCAGGCAGAGGCUGUCUCAGGCACCUCAGAGGCCUCAAAGGAGGCAUCAAGAGCCUGGGCCUCCGACCCGACGUUGCCGGCAUCCCCUGGAUGCGACAGGGGGAGGAUUGCUGCGUUCAGAUUGGUGGGCGUGGAGGGGGGCAGUGCUCGGGAAGGGGUGAGGCUGGAGCUGGCAGACUGUGCCGGAUGGUCAGUCAUGCCGACCAGCAGGCUGGACAUCAUCGCUGCUGCAGCACAGGCAGCUUCCACAGUCGCUGCACCAGGGGUAGCGGCCACAGUGGCUGCAGGACAGGCAGCUUCCACAGCUGCAGCUGCAGCGGCCACAGCUGGUGUGACAGAGGCAGAGGCAGCUGCAGCUGCAGAGGCGGAUACGGUCUCCGCUUCUCCUCGUGCGGCCCUCUUCGCCAUCCGCCGGGGGCUGGCCGCAGCCAGCGCCAUGAGCUUCAUUGCUGAGGGAGCCCGCAGGGACUUUCUGCUGCAGCCCAUCUCGGAGCUCAGGGACGAGCGCUACACCUCCUACUUCAACGUCUCUGCUGCUCCUGCACCUGCUCCCCCCUCUCCUGCUCCUUCUCCUGCUCCUGCUCCCUCUCCCGCCCCUGCUCCUGCUACUUUUCUCUAGCCACGGCGAGCACCGUCAACCUCUUUUGACGCGCCUCAGAAGCGCCUUUUCUCCUGCAGCCCAUAUCGAAGCUCAUGGACGGGCGCCACACAUCCUACGUUGACGGCUGCUGCUCUGCACCCUGCUCCUCUCUCUCCCGCCCCUGCUCCUGCUCCUGCUCCUUCGCUCUAACCACGGCCGGCACCGUCAGCCGCUUUUGACGUGCCCCAAAAGCGUUUUUUUUGCUGCAGCCCAAAUCACAGCUCCGCGCCGGGCGCCACAUCUCGUUCUUGGACGUCACUACUGCUAUGCAGCUGGCUCCUCCCUCUUCCCUCUCUCCUGCUCCCGCUCCCACUCAUGCUCCCGCUCCCCGCUCGUGCUCCUCUGUUAUGUUGACGUAUGAGGGUGGGCUUUCACCGGGGCUACGUUCGCCCUCCUCUCCCGUCCAAACAAAGCAUGCCCCUGCUAAGGCGCCCUGCUCCCCUGUGCAGCAUACACGCUGUCCCGGUCCCACCCUGCCUCACGGUGGUACCGUAGUUUGGCGAUACCCUUCGGGUUCUGCACUGAUGUAUGGUAUGCACCUGUGUCCUCUAACAUCACAGCAUGAACAGUGCACAAGCGACAAGCUAACCUUGGUUGUGCCUGAAUGGGUAGGUGGAGAUGGAUAAGUAUUCGGCCCCGAACCCGAACAACCCCUCGAUAGAGUGUGUACAGUACAUGAUGGAUAAAGCCCAGUGGCGCAUUUAGCACCAGUUCCCAUCCCAAACACCCAGCCUAGUUGUCUCUAACUGGCUGAAAGCAGUGGGAGGGGAAAACUGGAUCAGCUUCACAAGAUUCUGUGACCCCGUAGCCCCUCUGAGUACAGAGGUUGGAUAAACGAUAAUUCGAUGUCUCCUCAACCUGCCACGCAAGUCAUUCAC